AUGAACGAGAUAUUUUCAGCUGAAGAAGAGCUUCAUAAUUGUGAAGACACGGUUUUAUACGAGAUUCCGACAAGUCUCACAUCGUCUACAAGCACAAGUCCUAUUGAUGGCGAACCACGAGCUGGUAGUGAUGUGGGUUUAUUAUUACCCACACAUCAAGCAGAGAAAAAGAAGAAGAAGAAGAAAAAGGAACGACUUCGUACCCAGUCCGAGAGUGCAGCAUGGACACGAGCAUCACUUCGAAUGCGACCAUCUCCUCCUAUUGUAGACAUGGCAGCAACACCAGCUCUUGACGGAGCUUCAAGUCUUUUAACACCAGGAGGUACUGACAAGUUGGAUCAAGUUUGUAAUCGAGAGAGUUCAUUGUCUCAUUUUACAAGAGAUGGGGGACUAAAUGGAUUUGAUACGUCCAUGAUGACCAAUAGUACGGACAUUGGUCAUCGUCGACGUAGUCAUGAUAGUUCCAUGUCAAUGGCAAUUGUCCUUGGAAGUCGAGAAGGUGUGAUUAAUAUGUGGCGACAACAAGGACAGAUUUCAGAACGGGCAUCGGAGAUUCUAGAAGAUGCAAAAUUGUCAUUGCAUGGAAAAGAAAAGAAUCUGUACAAUGCGUCCUUGCGACGAUUGUCAGAAGCUCAGGAUCCACGACUUAAUGCACUUGGAGAAAGGAUCUUGUCGACGACAACAGCGGGGGAGACACGUCUUGGUGCAGAAUCGUUGUCUACUACAAGUAGCAUUUGUGAUGUCGAGCAGGAAGAGGAAGAAUCGGACGUGUUACAAGUGAAAAUGGAGGCACAUGAAAAUGCUGAAGUGUUGAAUAUGACACCAACGCAUUUGAAUACAGCUACAGUCGUACUGCAGAAUGGAGGCAAACCUUCAUUAGCUCUUGAUACGGAGAUAGACGUCAACUCGCCGUCAGGAGUCGACGAGCGUGACUCUGGUUUUCGACCACAGUCAGGAACGUUGUAUCACGAGGCUGUCAAGUGGGAAGGCGUGUUGACUAGACGAAGCGAGUGGCUGAGGAGAUUGGAACGACACUAUUAUGUAUUGGAGGGUAAGUUUCUGCGAAGGUUUGCUUCGAAAGAGGCAUACUUGUCGUCUAGAGAUGAGCCGCUUGUGCCUCAUCAUAUUCAGCCACCAAGCGAUCCGCGCAAGCCUGUACCUGGUAGUCCAGCAGCUAGCAUGACUCGGCGCAAUUCUAGCAGCCCAGCAUCAAGUGGUGUAUGUCAUUUGUACGCGCUAGCGGGGGUCAAAGACUCGUCCAGUCGCGCAAAUGGGUUCACCUUUAUUACAGAAGAUAAGAAGACACUCCAGGUGACAGCCCCAACAGCCGUGGAGAAAAUCAUAUGGAUGCGACUUGGACUUGAGGCGAUUGUGGCGCUUCCAACGCUUCCUGUAGCACCGCUUGACAUGGAGGAAUUUUAUGCGAUGUUGGUGGUACUCUAUACGGCCCACAGUGGCAACUGGCGCACAGAGGGUGACAUGGCAGUGACGCUUCCUCCACCAUCAGAGCAGGUUUUCACCCGCUUCUUCCGAUUGUUAGACAAGAAUGUUAUUUUCUGCUCGAACUAUCCGCCAUCCGUGCCUUUUCACGGCUCUUUUCGUGGUCACUCCGGUGUAGUGACUUUCAUGCAUGACUUUGCUCGACACACGCUCUGGACGAAUUUCAAGAUUGGUGGCAUGUCGGUGGAUGGAUCAAUAGCUGUUGCUUCCGGCAAGGAGGAGCUAGAGAAUCGUCGUGAUGCGCGCAAGUUUAUCCAAAAUUGGGUGCAUAAGUUUACAUUCUAUUCGGACGGACGACUUGCGCGCUUUGAAAUCAACGGCGACGUCGUUGCAGCUAGUGCAGUCUUCAAGGUUCCUGGUGCGGCAACGACACUGAAACUUCCUCAAGAAUUUAAUGAGGUGGAUGCUGAGCAUGGUCUGGAAGGCGUAUUGCUCGUCCGGGUUAUGCAGGGUCAUGGACUGAAGGCAGGCACAUCGGUUAAAAAGACAGUCAAGGAGCCGAGCAUUACAGUGCGGCUCCAGUACCGAGAGCAGUCAAAGCCGAAGUCCAAUCCAAAUGUGUCUACGCUAAGUGCCUUUUCAUCUGCUUCAGCGGGACCCUCAAUUCUGAUCGGUGGAAUUUCGAUGCCGAACCUUUCGCGAAAGUUUAGCUUCAUGACCUCCGUGGCGAGUUCUGCCGCUUUUGCGGCAUCGUCUGCUGUAGGCCACACCUCCACACCCAACAGUUCAACUCCGGUCGUAGAUCCAUUCAGCACCGGUUCCCCGCGCAACACAGAUGAUGAAUCGUAUUUGCCGACUCACCCGGUGUGGAAUUUAGUUCUCGAGCUUCCGUUCUGCGAUGUCAUUGGCACAUGCUCACUGGUGGUGGACGUAAAAGAUCACUUAAAGAAUGGAGUCGAGUCCCAGCUUGGCUUUGCUACAUUGAAUGUUGCCAGGUACUUGAUGGCUGCAGAUACCAGUGAGCGCACGAAAAUGCGUGAAGAGGCAGCUAUGGCAGCUGACAGUAAAUGGUACUCGAUCAGCAACGCUAAAGGUGAAUAUUGCGGUAAGGUACAGCUCGGGAUUACCUGUCGACGCGUUAAGCUGGACGAAAAUGAAGAUGGUGUACAGCCGCGACUAAAAAAGAGUCAAAGUGUCGUCAUCGACCGAAACAAUCCUCCAUCUUCUCACAUGUUGCAAUGGGAUGUCACUCCUGCAGCUCAUUCUCAAGCGUUGUUAGGUGCUGCAACUCCAGCACUGAAGAGCGGUAUGAAGCUCGAUUAUUAUCCCAUGGGCGGAAGCGAACAUGUGCGUCGUCAUGGCUGGGCAAACGUGAAACUCUCACCUGAAAGCACUGGUCGCACAAAAUCUGCCGGUGCUGUCGUUGGUGGUAAACACAACAAGGAUGAUUACACAGUACACAAGCAGUUUCCUUCAGGAGAAGAAAAUGCUAGCGCGCUACCCGCAGCUACUGAUGCCGUUGUCUGCAAGGAAAAUGCUGACAUGCAUACGUUUAUGGUGUGCGGUGCUCCUUUCACGAUUCCGCGGCAUUAUCAGCUUAUUAAGGUAUGUGGCCGUGGUGCGUAUGGUAUUGUAAUUGCUGCCACGAACUUGCGAACGGGUGGUAAUGUCGCUAUUAAGAAGGUAAUCGACUGUAUUUGGCAUCCGCAUCAACUCAAGCAAAUUCUUCGUGAAUGCCGAUUGAUUCGCCACAUGGCUCACGAAAAUGUGUUGAGUUUACUGGAUUUGAUUCCGCCGCCAUCGUACACGGACUUUCGAGAUGUUUACAUGACGGUGGAUCUCAUGGAGAUGGACUUGCAUCGUAUCAUCUACUCAAAGGAGGUGCUACGCGACGAUCAUAUCCGAUAUUUCCUGUUUCAAAUGCUUAGUGGUUUGCGUCACAUGCAUCGCGCUGGCGUGUUACAUCGUGACUUAAAGCCGAGUAACCUGCUUAUCAAUUCAGAUUGCCAGCUCAAAAUUUGUGAUCUUGGACUCGCACGCUCAAAAGAAGCUGAUGAUGUGGGUAUGACGGAGUAUGUGGUAACACGUUGGUAUCGUGCACCAGAGCUUUUGCUAGGUAGUGCCUAUGGUGAUGGUGUGGAUUUAUGGGCAGCAGGAUGUAUUUUUGCCGAGAUGCUCGGUCGCAAACCACUGUUCCCCGGCGAGACGUACGUGCACCAGCUCCAGCUUAUCAUGAAUGUACUGGGCGUACCGGAGGAGCAUUCGUUCAAGGAGAAUCCGUUGGCCAACAAGCUUAAAGGUCGUCAGCUACUGAGCCGAACUCAAGCAGUAGCUGGUAUUGACACAAGCACCAUGUUCCCGAACGCAAAUCCAGAGGGGUUGGAUCUACUAUGGAAGAUGCUGGUAUUUGACGUGGAGAAACGCAUUAGUGUUGAGGAGGCACUACGGCAUCCGUAUUUAGCAAUGUAUUACGACGAAGAGCGUGAGAAUGUACCGGUAGAAAAGUUUCAGAGCUUUGACCUGGAUGAUCUCGACAUGUCGGACCUCAAGGAGCUCAUGUUCAAGGAAAUCUGUCAUUUUCAUCCAGAAGAGAUGGUCAAACGUGCCCAGAAGCAGCGUGAGAAUCCUGAAACCGUGGAGAAACUUCUUCCUGGUUGGGUGAAGCGUGAGUCACGGAGUGUACCGGGCAAGUAUUACUACAGCAACCCAAAGCGUGGCAUUAGUACGUGGAUCAAAGAAGAAAUGGAUUAA